AUGGCUGCAAAAGACUGCCGGCUCUCCUUCCAGGAGAUAAUGGAGCUCACCGAGCUGCCGCUCGACGCCGAAGCCGCCCAGCGCGGCGUGGUCCGUCGCUUCAUGAGCCGCCGGCCGGCCUGGCUUCCCGGCUCCGACAUUGAGCGCAUCGAGGAACUCUGCGGCGAGGGCAAGCCGCUCUGGCACGCCCCGCUCGCCAGCUUCGGCGGCCACGUGUACGCGCAGUCGGGCAUGGCCGCUGCUCGCGUUGUCGAUGCCGAGGAGCGGGCAGGACCAAGCGACGAGAGGCAGCGGACGCGCGGGUUGCAUACCGUACACGGCUACUUCACCACCUUUGUCUUCAGCGACAGGCCCAUCUUCUACGAGGUCUCGCCCAUAACAAACGCGCAGUUCUCCUUCAAGACCUACCUGGUCACGGCGCGGCAGCCGGCCGAGAGCUCGUCCAAGCCGCCCCGGCGCGGCUGGGACUGUCCCGGCGGCAACAACAGCUUCCGCUUCCCCGACAAGGAUGCCAAAUGCCAGCGCUGGUCCGACCUGAAACCCAUCUGCUUCUCCGCCACCGUGUCCUUCAAGCUGCCCGAGCCGCACGCCGCCGGCGUCAGCGAGCAGGAGGAUUCGGCGCAGCGGCGCUUCUCCUCCAUUCUGGCCCUCCGCCGGCCCGAGGACUGGCUUCCCGCACCCCGACUGGACAUCGAUGGUAUCGUGGCGGCGCUGGAGCAGCGGGGGGAUCGGGACUGUCGGCGCCGAAUCGGCUCGUUCCCGGCCCUCGACAUGAAGAAGGUCGACAUGACUGCGUACAACGCCGGCAGGCCGCUGUUUGAACAGCGCCAACUCAUCUUGUACCGGAUCCUCCGCCCUUUGCAAGGCACCGACGCCGUCAACGGCAACGCCCACGCCCUGGUGCACGCGUACGAGGCCGACCGCAACGGCCUGUUGAUGGCCUGGAACGCCAUCAAAAUCAGCUCUCGGAUGAAGAUGGUGACUUCGAUGAGCUACUCAUUUGUCGUGCACACAAACCUCGACGACGCCAUCAUGCGGCACGAAAGCCAGACGCCCGACCGAAGGUCCGAGUGGUGGCUUCAAGAAGUCUUCUACCCGCGAGCCGCAAACGGGAGGGUUCUCAUGGAGGCCAAGAUCUGGAGUCCUCAAGGUGUGCACGUUGCGACUAUUUAUCAAGAUGGUAUGGUUAGAGCGGAAUCGGAUGAUUCUGACACCGGCAGGCAAGUCAGACUUUAA